AUGACGAUCGUAGACCUCAACUUUGAAGAAAAUAUCAUUAAAAUGAUUUGUAUUGUUGUGAUAUCAUUAUUAGGAUUUAUCAGCAAUGGCUUAUCACUUCAUAUCACAACCACAAAUUCACAAUUUCAGAAUGCCUAUGGCAUUCUUCGUACCACAGUUUUGCUGUGUAAUAUACAAACAAUAUCAAUUAUAUUGAUAUGGGCUGCUGUUAUUCUACUAACGGGUUUGCGGAAAUUAUCAUCAUCGACAUAUUCCAUUGCUUUAAUACCCGGAUGUUUGGCAAAUGUAUCCCUUUACGGGGCAGUAUCAGUAAAUUUGUUAAUUGCAGUGAAUAGAUACUGCGCAUUUGCAUAUCCUCUGAACUAUCACUUUUAUUGGACCGUAGAAAAAGCUCGCAGAGCAGGAAUUAUUGUCUAUUUCUUCGGAUUUCUACCGUGUUUUCCGAGCAUUUUCGAACCAUGUACUCUUAUUUUUAAUGCGGAGUUAGAUUUCCGUUGGAGCUACAGCAAUACGAGUUGCGGUAAUGUAAAUUCAACGUUCGAUACAAUGUUCACUAUUUCAACGAUGAUCAUAGCGGGAUGUAUCGACUUCAUGACAUUUUUAAGGAUUAGAAGUCACAAUAAACUUUUGGUUUGCUAUUAUUUCAUUAAUUAUCUUCGGUACGAGCUUACAUUAAAAACAGUACGAAAACUGACAGCGCUUCCUUCCAACCGCAAGAAUGACAUAUACUUUUUUAAACAGUCGUGUAUCAGUGGACUAACGAUGAUCAUAUCUUCUCUUGUCUUUAAUAUUGGCCAACAUUUUCUGACCAAUAAAUGGGCUUUAUUUGCUGCCACUACAAUUGGUUGGGAAAUGGCUCAUGUAUUAGAUGGGUGA